AUGCUUUUACAGCAACCUCUCACUCUUAUCCUGGCCACGCUGACCGCCGCCGUCACCGGCGCCCGCCGGUCCGGGCCAGACUUCAAAAUAACGCUCACCAACUCGACGAUGCGUGUGGCGACGGAGUACACCGGCUCGGUACACGAAGCAACGGUCGUCGCCGGCGCCACGGGCACGUUCGACCAGGCCUACCUGAAAUGCGUCCACGAGGUCUGCAUCCCCGAGUACCACUGCGUCCUCCACGACAGGAACAGCUCCCGCACGGUCGACCUGGGCCCCGGCAAGAACCAGAUUGCUUGCGCCAUAGAAAUCGGUCUGAUAACGUGCGCGUGGGAGCUCCCAAGCCCGAGGUACGAGGACGAGUGCCGGGCGAAGCCGAGUGGCAAGGCCAAGGCUUAGAUGGAUAUGUCGUUUUCUUCAACUUGCUGAGCUGGGACUCGUGUCCUUUUGCCCUCGGCCAGACUACCAGCUUCGACGAGCACAGGAGGAUGAUGGGAUGGGGCUGGGUACUGUAAUAGUGUCACAAAGACGUCUCAACAUGCAGACUAGCGGUGGCCAAAUGUGCUGUUGGAUUUUAGGGGAGAUUGUC